AUGGCAACUGUCGCCGGUCCCGUUCCCUCGCGAACGUCGCAGCCCACGCAUAAUAAGCAGGCUACAACCUCACGCUCGAACCCGACCGGCCAGGACCCAUUCCACGGCCAUGAACGGAUGGCACGUCUGGCCGCCCGCUUCGUCUCGCACUUGUUCGCCUGCCCCGACCAGCCGGCGCCAGCUGCCGGACAGCAAGCACCCGCGCGCCUGGACCAUUUCAUCGCCUACGCCCUCCACCGGACGCGCUUACCGGAAAGUGUCACGUAUGCGUCACUAUUCCUGUUACAGCGUCUCAAGGCGCGCUUCCCCGCCGCCAAGGGUUCUUCAGGGCACCGCCUCUUUAUUUCCGCUUUCAUGUUGGCCAGCAAGAUUAUCUGCGACGACACGUACUCAAAUAAGUCCUGGUGCAUCGUCGCCCAGGGUAUGUUCGCGCUGCGCGAGAUUAACCAGAUGGAACGCGAGAUGUGUUCGUAUCUGGAGUGGCAGCUCAACGUGGACAAGGAUGUCCUAUCCGACUUCACCGCCCGCGUCGCCAGCGAUUUCUCGGGCCCCGGGCCGUAUCCCGCGCUCGUCAUCCCGUCCGAAGCAUCCCCUGCCACCGACGGCAGCAACCUGGCCGCUUUCGGACAAGGAGGGAUCUACGCCCCGGCUCCCGCUGCCGAGUCCCCUCGCCGCGCCGAGGUGGAGAUGUCGACUUCGUCACCUUCCACCCCUGGAGCCUCGAGUUCGGCAUCCGUCUCACCCGCUUCCAUUGCCGCGCCGCGCACGCCCACGGACAUCGUUCCGAAUUACCAUGUCGAGGUUGCCGGUGGUGAGCCAGACGUUCGGCGCCAUGCGCGCUCGCAUUCGAAGCCCGAGCCCGAGCGCUCGGUGCCUUCGACACAGGAUCCAUACCUCGCUGCCGAGGAAGCUGGCGAUCGCGCGAACGCGAUCCUCGGCGCGCCGGGCUCGAGGAAGCAUGUGCCGAGUCCGACCAUGCGCUCAAAACUACAGGUCGGUCGCGAUAUGUUUGCGUACGCGACGAGGACUGUCUGGUAA